AUGCGAUUCCCAAUCUUCACGUCCAUAGUCUUCACUCUCACAACUCACUCAGCUACCGCCUAUAGGCCAUGGAACGCCACAAUCCCCGAGUCCUUCAACGAAGAAUGUCGCAAAGUCCUCUCAACAGAAAUUGACUGCCCUUACUUCCUUCGUCGAGAGUGGGUGGAUGACGGGUAUUAUUUGAAAGGCGAAAGAGCGGAAGCAUACUGUUCAUCAUCAUGUCGCUCUUCUCUUGGGCAUUAUAGCGCUGACCUCACGGCGGCCUGCGUGAAUGAAGACAUUUGGGAAGAGAAUACAGGGCCACAAGCAGCCUUGGAUUUCAGCAUGUCAUUGUUAGCGGCACAAAUGAUUCUCUGUGUUGCUGAUGAGGAAGGGCCUUGCCUAGAAGCGUUGUAUAAGCGAGAACGGGAUCUAUGCUCGGAAUGCGGACUCAAGGUGGCAUAUUUGAGCGCCAUGUUCGAGUUUAAGAAGCCUCUAAAUAUCAGCUCCAAACAGUUCAUGUGUUUGCAGAAAAAUUGUGCAAAAGAGCCAGGUAGUUUCGUGUCCAACGAAGAUGGAAAGGCUAAGUUGACUAAAUGGUUCAACGAUCUGAUAUAA